UGUCUUUCUUAUUUUCAGUCUGGAGGAUUUGGAUAGAGGGGAGAGAAAGGGAAAGAGAGAUUUUUGGGGGCUGCUGGAAAAAAUAGGGCAGCCAUCUUUUAUUUAAUUUUGAGCUUAUUAAAAAGAAAAUCAGCCUCACCUUCAGUUGACGGUCUCCUCUUCUAUCUAACGUUAGGCAUCUAGCGGCUGGGGAUUCAGAGGGUUAAGUUUCCAGACUUUAUUCCUGUAUCUCGGAUGUGUGAUUCCCUUAUGCAGUAAAGAUGCCCGGAUCGCUGAGCAAUGAAGAAGAGGGGCAAGACGAUAUAGAUUUUGAAGACGACGUGCCAGAUGAGGAUGAGGAAGGUGGGCGCGAGAGGAGUGUUCCCCUGUCACCACUAGAGAGGUUCUUCUCCGAGGGCUCUGUUAAACAGCAAAAGAAGAAGAAACCCAGCAAGAUAACAGAGGGCAAGGAAGAAAAGCCUAAAGUGAAGAAAAAGAAAAAAAAGGAGGGGCUCGCUCGCGCACUGGAUGACAUGUCGGACAGGGAAGACCGGGGCCACAGGUCAGGAAGCGAAAGCAGCACCUACAGUUCCCUGAAGAAGAAGAAGAAACCCAAAGAGAAAAAGGAGAAGAAAACCAAACAGAGAAAGAAAGAUGAAGACGAGGACGAUGAUGACGACGAUGAUGGAAACAUGAAGGAACCAAAGUCAUCCAGUCAGCUCAUGAUGGAGUGGGGUCUCGAAGACGUGCAGUACGCCUUCUCAGAGGAUGACUAUAAAACGAUCACCAACUACAAAGCUUUUAGCCAAUUUCUGAGGCCACUCAUUGCCAAGAAGAACCCCAAGAUCCCCAUGUCGAAAAUGAUGACGGUGCUUGGAGCAAAAUGGAGGGAGUUCAGCGCAAACAACCCUUUUAAAGGCACCUCCGCAACUGCCGUGGCUGCGGCUGUGGCUGCUGCCGUGGAAACGGUCAAUGUGGCCCCGCCCAUCUGUAUUAGAAGUAUUCAACAGAUCUCACCAUCUGGGCAAAUCAAAAAAGCCAAAACCAAAGAGGGAAAGGGGCCUGGUGCUAAAAGAAAGAGUAAGCCAGUUAAAGAAACAAAAAAGAAAGGGAAGCCGAAGAAGUCCAAAUCGAAAGCAGGCCAGGGUGGAAAAAGGAAAAAAGGCUCUUCGAGUGAGGAGGAUUUCCUGGAUGACUUUUCAGACUUUGAUGACAUCAGCAUUCACAGUGCCUCCGUCCGCUCCGACACUUCAGCAGCACCUAAAAAGAAAACAAGCCGUCGAGGACGAAAGAAAAGAAAAAGAGAGGAUGGAGACGGUUACGAGACAGACCAUCAGGACUACUGUGAGGUCUGUCAGCAGGGUGGAGAGAUCAUUUUAUGUGACACCUGUCCUAGAGCAUAUCACCUGGUGUGUCUGGAUCCAGAACUGGAAAAAGCCCCUGAGGGCAAAUGGAGUUGCCCCCACUGUGAAAAAGAAGGCAUCCAGUGGGAGGCCAAAGAUGAUGAGGAGGAGGAAGAUGAGGUUGCCGGUGAGGAGGAAGAUGACCAUAUGGAGUUCUGCAGGGUUUGUAAGGAUGGUGGAGAGCUGUUGUGCUGUGACACCUGUCCGUCCUCCUACCACAUCCACUGCCUCAACCCACCACUGCCUGAGAUCCCUAAUGGAGAGUGGCUGUGUCCGCGGUGUAUGUGUCCACCACUAAAAGGAAAAGUCCAAAAGAUUCUACAUUGGUCUUGGGGAGAUCCCCCUUUACCUCCUGAGGUCCCCCCUCUGCAGGAUGGAGAGAAGGUGGAUGGUUUAGCCAAAACCCCACUGAAGGGCCGUCCAGAGAGGCAGCUGUUUGUGAAAUGGGCUGGCCUGUCUUACUGGCACUGCUCGUGGGUCAACGAACUACAGUUGGAGUUGUACCAUACGGUAAUGUACCGUAACUAUCAGCGUAAAAACGACAUGGACGAACCACCUCCAUAUGACUAUGGCUCUGGGGAGGAGGAGCUUAACAAUGAAAAGAGGAGGAGCAAAGAUCCACAGUAUGCAGCCAUGGAGGAACGCUUUUACCGUUACGGGAUCAAACCAGAGUGGAUGAUCAUUCACAGAAUCCUCAACCACAGUUUUGAUAAAGAUGGAGAUGUACACUACCUGAUUAAGUGGAGAGACCUCGCUUAUGAUCAGUGCACAUGGGAGGCUGAUGACUUCGACAUCCCAGAUUAUGACAACUAUAAGCAAGCCUACUGGGACCACAGGGAGCAGGUGCUCGGUGAGAGCCGCCCUCCCCUGCUGUGCAGAAAGGGAAAGCGUCUUAAAGAUGAAGGAAAAAGAAGAGAGCCCCCUCCAGACACUCCGGUUGUAGACCCCACCAUCAAGUUUGACCAGCAGCCCUGGUACAUCGAUGACACAGGGGGGACUUUGCACCCGUAUCAGCUUGAAGGCCUAAACUGGUUGCGCUUCUCUUGGGCUCAAGGAACUGACACAAUCUUGGCUGAUGAAAUGGGGCUUGGCAAGACCGUGCAGACGAUAGUGUUCCUGUACUCACUCUACAAAGAGGGUCACUCCAAAGGGCCGUUUCUGGUCAGUGCGCCACUAUCCACCAUCAUCAACUGGGAAAGAGAGUUUGAGAUGUGGGCUCCAGAAUUUUAUGUCGUGACUUACACAGGGGACAAAGAGAGCAGGGCCGUCAUACGCGAGAAUGAAUUUACUUUCGAGGACAGUGCAGUCAAAACGGGUCGUAAGGUUUUCCGCAUGAAGAAGGACACUCCGAUAAAGUUUCAUGUGCUGUUGACGUCAUAUGAACUGAUCACCAUUGAUCAGGCCAUUCUUGGCUCUAUCACCUGGGCCUGCCUGGUUGUAGAUGAAGCCCACCGGCUGAAGAAUAACCAAUCAAAGUUUUUCAGGAUUCUGAAUGGCUACAAAAUCUACUAUAAGCUGCUCCUGACUGGGACCCCAUUGCAGAACAAUCUAGAGGAGCUUUUUCACCUGCUCAACUUUCUCACCCCUGAGCGUUUCAAUAACCUGGAGGGUUUUCUGGAAGAGUUUGCGGAUAUCUCAAAAGAGGACCAGAUUAAAAAACUGCAUGACCUACUGGGACCACACAUGCUUAGGAGGUUAAAGGCAGACGUCUUCAAGAACAUGCCGGCAAAAACCGAACUCAUAGUCCGGGUAGAACUGAGCCCGAUGCAGAAGAAAUACUACAAAUUCAUUUUAACACGAAACUUCGAGGCAUUAAAUUCCAAGGGAGGUGGUAACCAAGUGUCUCUUCUCAACAUAAUGAUGGACUUGAAGAAAUGUUGCAACCACCCCUACCUGUUUCCAGUUGCUGCAGUGGAAGCGCCCGUCUUGCCUAACGGUUCGUAUGAUGGCAACAUGCUGGUGAAAUCCUCAGGCAAACUCACACUGCUUCAGAAGAUGCUUAAAAAGCUCAAAGACGAGGGCCACCGAGUUCUCAUCUUCUCUCAGAUGACAAAGAUGCUUGACCUGCUAGAGGACUUCCUGGAGUUUGAGGGGUAUAAAUAUGAGCGUAUUGAUGGGGGCAUCACUGGGGGGUUGCGACAAGAGGCCAUCGAUCGCUUUAACGCACCUGGGGCUCAGCAGUUCUGUUUUCUGCUUUCUACACGUGCUGGAGGAUUGGGCAUUAAUCUGGCAACCGCAGACACAGUGAUCAUAUAUGAUUCUGACUGGAACCCACACAAUGAUAUUCAGGCAUUCAGUAGGGCACAUCGUAUCGGGCAAAAUAAAAAAGUAAUGAUCUAUCGUUUCGUAACGCGGGCAUCCGUAGAGGAGCGUAUCACCCAGGUGGCCAAGCGAAAAAUGAUGCUGACCCACCUGGUGGUCAGACCCGGCUUGGGCUCCAAAACAGGUUCAAUGUCUAAACAGGAACUGGAUGAUAUCCUCAAGUUUGGCACAGAGGAGCUUUUCAAAGAUGAUAUGGAGGCUGCCAGAACUAUGGUUACAAAUAUGAAGUUUCUUAACAGCUGUGAUAACAAAGACGGAGAGGAGGUUAGUGUGAUCCACUACGAUGAUAACGCCAUCUCCAAACUGCUGGAUCGCAGUCAGGACGCCACAGAAGACACAGAGAUCCAGAACAUGAAUGAGUACCUGAGCUCCUUUAAAGUGGCUCAGUAUGUAGUGAGAGAGGAAGAUGGAGAGGAGGAGGUCCAAAGAGAGAUUAUUAAGCAAGAAGAAAAUGUUGAUCCAGACUACUGGGAGAAGCUCUUGAGGCACCAUUACGAGCAGCAGCAGGAGGAUCUGGCAAGAAACCUGGGCAAAGGAAAACGCAUCCGCAAACAGGUCAACUACAAUGACGCCUCCCAGGAGGACCAAGAGUGGCAGGAUGAUCUUUCAGACAAUCAGUCUGAAUAUUCUGUCGGGUCUGAAGACGAAGAUGAAGAUUUUGAGGAGCGUCCAGAAGGAGGGCGCAGACAUUCUCGCAGACAAUUAAAGAGCGACCGGGACAAACCAUUGCCACCGUUGCUUGCUAGAGUUAGUGGAAAUAUAGAGGUUUUGGGAUUUAACGCCCGGCAGCGGAAAGCCUUCCUGAAUGCGAUCAUGCGCUGGGGGAUGCCCCCACAAGAUGCCUUCAACUCACACUGGCUGGUCCGUGACCUGAGAGGGAAAAGCGAGAAGGAAUUUAGGGCUUAUGUGUCUCUGUUCAUGAGGCAUCUGUGUGAGCCGGGAGCAGAUGGAGCAGAGACCUUCGCUGAUGGGGUACCAAGGGAGGGGCUGUCCCGUCAACACGUUCUCACACGGAUCGGUGUCAUGUCUUUGGUCCGCAAAAAGGUUCAGGAGUUUGAGCAUGUGAAUGGGAAAUUCAGCACACCAGAUUUGAUUCCUUUGGGAUUAGAGUUUAAAAAACUAACUGAGAGCAUCUCAUCGGACCCUAACACACCUGUCCCAGCCAGUCCGGUUCCAACUCAACCCAGCACUCCUGUUCCUUCAGAUAAAAGUGAGUUAGUAUCCGGUUCUCAAGAGGACAAGGAGAUUACAGAACCAGAGAGCGCCAAAUCAUCAGACCCUGAGCCACCAAUGAUGCCAGAACCGUCCCCGGCACCAGAGAAGACCAACGAGAGUGAAGAUCCAAAGAGCGGCAGUACAGGAGAAAAACGACAAGAGGAGAGCGGGAAAACCACUGACAAGUCACCUGUCCAUCCAGAGCCAUCGUCCAAUCAAACACAGCUGCCCACUAAACCAAGCGAGCAGUCAGCCAAUCAGACGGCUUUAGACUCUUGUAAAGGAAAAGAAACUUCUCCAGAGAGAGGGGAAAAUAAACCCAGCCAAGCAAAAACAGACGACAAGGAACAAAAAAACGUUUCCACAGCAAAUCCUGAAGAUCUUAAAUCCGAAGAACCUCCUGAGAGUCAGUUGAAUGGAGAGAAAGAUGCGAGGGACGAUACGGACGAGAGCCACAAGGAUGACAAGAACAGCGUCAAGACGCGCUUCAUGUUCAACAUCGCAGAUGGAGGAUUCACAGAGUUGCACACGCUGUGGCAGAACGAGGAACGCGCAGCUGUGUCAUCUGGCAAAAUUUAUGACAUCUGGCACCGUCGCCAUGACUACUGGCUGCUGGCUGGCAUCGUAACACAUGGCUAUGCACGUUGGCAGGACAUUCAGAAUGAUCCACGGUAUGCCAUCCUCAAUGAGCCUUUCAAGACUGAAAUGCACAAAGGGAACUACUUAGAGAUGAAGAACAAAUUUCUCGCAAGGCGAUUUAAGCUUUUGGAACAGGCUUUAGUAAUUGAGGAACAGCUACGACGUGCGGCGUACUUAAACAUGACUCAGGACCCCAGUCACCCCGCCAUGGCUCUUAACACACGUUUCGCUGAGGUGGAAUGCCUGGCCGAGUCUCACCAACACCUCUCCAAAGAGUCACUGGCUGGAAACAAGCCGGCUAACGCUGUGCUACACAAAGUUCUGAACCAGCUGGAGGAGCUGUUAAGUGAUAUGAAAGCCGACGUGACGCGGUUGCCCUCCAUGCUCUCCCGAGUGCCGCCCGUGUCCGCCCGGCUACAGAUGUCCGAGCGUGGUAUCCUCAGCAGGCUCACCACCCGGGGCAACGAGCCGCCACCUCAGCAGCCGUUCCCCCAGGGCUCGUUUGGCUGCUCUCAGAUGUAUAAUAGCAGUUUCGCCGGAGGCUUCCGUGGACCUGGAGGCACCGCGAUGGUGAACUACAGCCAGAUGCCCCUCGGGCCAUACGUUAGUGUGUCCUCGAAUGGACCCCCGGCACCAACCAGCCACUUGGAGAAGAAGUCUGGUGAUGUUUUAAGAGAUGUGCCCACCCCUGACCUAAAAUCAGGCAAACCCAACGAUGUCAUAUGCAUCGAGGACUAGACCGCAUCCAUUUGAAGAACUCAAAUAAUGAAUAUUAAAACAGCAGAUCUUAUCAAUUGCACUUUUGUCGUUAAGAAUCUGCACUUGUACGCGCCUGUAAGUUUGAUUCAGUAGAGUUCAGUUUCGUUUUCCCUUUGUUUUGUUUUUUAACUCGCAAUGUGAACGUCUCGAUCGAUUGAAGAGAGACUUGAGACGAGGAGACUACCAAUAUUUUGACUGUCCUCUGAUAUUUAGGAUAUUAUGUGUGUGUAAUGGCUUUUUCCUGCCAUAAAGGACAUUCUCAUCUUCGCUAUUGUUGAGCCAUCUGGAGGUUUUGCUAGUUCGUGACUAGUCAAGGACUACACCUCCCACCUCUAUGUACAGCUGCAGCCUCUGCUUUGCUCUUGGCACUGCCCAUGGAUGAUGUGUGUUGUUGCUGCCCCUGCUGGUUAUUGCUAUGAAAUGCAUCCAAAAGAGACAGAUUUUUUUGAAAGAGUUACACCCUCAUGUUUACUUUACGAGUUAUGAGUCAUGACUUUUUAUGAAGGAAAGUUUGUGGACCAUGCAAAAGGUUAAACGUAAUUUUUCAGUGUUAAUACACUUUUUCCUGUUCCAGAUUAAUAUGCAGGCAACUAUGUAAACACUCUCGCAACACUGAUUCAAACAAUAGGGUCAGUUUGGGGCGAGACCAUCUGUUUGUUCCAUCAACGUCAGACGGGUAUUCUGGAAACCAAAUUGCUUUCAUUUCGUAAUCAUUUGGUGAUGAUUAUGUACUAAAGGAUAGAGGUAUCAAUGUCGAAUUGUGCUCAGUUUUCAAUUACUGCAACACUGAGAAUUCAGCUCAAGGGUAUUUAAAAUACCCUUAUUGUUAUUAUUAUCAUUACUUUACAUUUACAAAUGAAAAUUUUGCGAAACGCUGGAAGUUUGGACCACUAUGAGUGUGUUGGAUUGUAUUGCCACAAUUGUUCAUCAGAUUGUUUAAAAUGUUCUGCCUUGUGUAACCGUGUUUGAAGCAGCGCACUUUACAUUGAGGCUGGACAUGUGUCCGUAUCUCUUAUGGACAAAAGUAGGAACCUCUUAAUAACUCGUAUACUCGGUUUGUUUCGGUCUGUAUUAGUCAUGUUAACUGCUCUAAUGUAGAUAAAGUACUUCUGUUUGUUUUCUGCAUCAGCACCAAUGUUAAUGGCACCGAUGUAGGUGUCAGCGCUGACCGCCAAUGUGAUCAUAGCUUCUUUCGAGUAGUUUUAAGGGUUCAAGAUGAUGUUCAUUUUUUGUGUAGACAACGAAUGUGGAAAAAUGCAGUUAAAUGUUCACACACAUGCUUAAGAAACCUCAGAUGAUUUCAAAUACAAAGACAGCCUCAAGAAUAAAGGGACCUUUAGGUUACGAAGAGAGUGCCAGCAGCAUAAAUAUGUUGUGAAAUAGAGUUUUGUUUUUAUCUUACGUGAUGAGUUUACACCAUUUCAGUUGUACAUUUGAUCACAGUAUUGAUCCAUUAAGCGCCAUUUAAAUGCAAUCAAACUGAAGCCAAAAUGAAUGUAUUAAGUAUUUAAAACAGCUUCAGUCUAAUACUAGAAGUCUUUUCAUUCAAGUAUACAUACCAGGCUUCAAAAGCUACCAGAAAAUCCUGGUCAAGGCACCUUUGUUAUUGCAAUGAACAUGUAAGCAUGUAAGAUGUCUUCAGGUUACUGUGGAGAGAUCUUUGUCCUGGUUUAUAAACAGCUAAACAGUAUUGCUAUUAUGCAGAGAUAAGAAUAUGGAAAAUUGAUAAGUUAACUAUCAUCAUUUCACUUUGUACUCAGUGUAUUUGUUUAUUGUGUUUUAAUAAAUUCUGUCCAAAAAUU